AUGGGGGAAGAUAGGCUGACUGAGAGUCAGGGUCCCCUGGGGGUCCUCAGCUCUGCGCUCAACCUGCCUCUCACCCCAGCCUCCACCAUCAGCAUCGUGGUCCUCCCAGAGAGGCCCAUGUCCCUGCACUGCUGCCUGCUGUUCCUCUCUGUGGCCACCUUGGCCUUGGGUGCAGGAGCAGCCACGACUCCAAGCAUGCCCGAGACCAGGCACGAGCAUUUGCAGCGGAGUUGCAAGGAAAUUCAGAAGAAGAAUCCCAGAGCCAAAGAUGGUCUGUACUUACUCCGCACUGAGGAUGGGGUCGUCUACCGGACCUUCUGUGACAUGAAAACAAAUGGCGGUGGCUGGACUCUGGUGGCCAGCAUUCAUGAGAACAACAUGAAUGGGAGGUGCACGGUGGGGGACCGCUGGUCCAGCCAGCAGGGCAACCGAAGAGACACCCCCAAAGGGGACAACAACUGGGCCAACUACAACACCUUUGGCUCUGCACAUGCAGCCACCAGCGAUGACUACAAGAACCCCGGCUACUACAACAUCCAGGCGGCGGACCUGGCCAUCUGGCAUGUCCCCAACGAUACCCCUCUGAGUUCCUGGAGGAGCAGGUCUCUACUGAGGUACUACACCUACACGGGCUUCUUGAAGAGAUUCGGACAUAAUCUGUUUGGCCUCUACCGGAGAUACCCCGUCCAGUAUGGCAUCGGAAAGUGCUGGACCGACAAUGGCCCCGCCAUCCCCGUGGACUAUGACUAUGGGAGUCCCCAGAAAACCGCCUCCUACUACUCCAGAGAUAACCAACGGGAAUUUGAUGCUGGAUUUAUCCAAUUCCGGGUGUUUAAUGAUGAGAGAGCAACCAACGCCCUGUGUGCAGGGAUGAGAGUUACCGGAUGCAACACGGAACACUACUGCAUCGGAGGGGGCUACUUCCCCCAGGGCAACCCCAGGCAGUGCGGGGACUUCUCCAGCUUCGACUGGGAUGGGUACGGGGCUCACACUGGACGCAGCAACAGUCGCGCCAUCACCGAGGCGGCCGUGCUGCUCUUCUACCGCUGA